AGUAAUUUUCAUUGUCUCCACAACAAUGCAAUCUAUCCAAUUCUUGGCCAUCUUCUUCAUCACCAUCUUGCUCACGGUAUCAGCAGCACCUCAACAGACCUACCGUACCUACCGUAGUCUCCUUCGCGACGGGACCUUCGACCACGCUUCCAUGUUCAGAUUCACUUCCGAUGGUGCAGCGGCGAGCGGACAAAAGCUUCCAAGAGACUACCCCCUUCAGUACGGUGCCUCGUCGCCGUUGUAUGUAUUUGACGGUCGUUUGUACAAUUUGGCGUCAGCACGCUCUUAGACCCACCCCUGCAUCCGCCACGUGGAAACGUUCUGGAAAUUUUUGAAUUCUAUCAAUUUAUUGAUUGAUUUUUUUAUUCCUUUGCUUUCGUUGAAAACGUCAAAUAAAUCAAGUGUCUUGUUAUUUAAAA